AUGAUCUCUCAUCAUUCUGACUUUGUCCCUUCAUCAUCAUCGGAUGCAUCAUCAAACAACAACGCUUGUUCCGAUCCUAAUUCUUCCAUUUCGUGUUGUACCUUCAAUGUUCAUUCAUUCAAAACUGACGACAAGAAAGAUAAUCGAGAGAUGGUUACAAAGUAUUUCAUUGAUAAUUCCUAUGAUAUUAUUGGACUGAAUGAAGCCUAUGAAAAACGGAAUGCCAAGACUCCUCUUACUGAUAUUUGUAAUACUUUAACCGAGCGAUUUCAAAAACCAUACAAAUAUUAUUAUGUAAAUACGAGUAACUUGGGCAAUGCGAUCAUUACAUGGCUGCCAGUCAAAAAAGUUAAAAAAAAGUAUUUAAAAAGAGGACCAGGAGGACCUCGCACUGUCAUUGGAGUUCAAUUUGAAUCAAGUUGUUGUAUUGAAUUUGCAUUUGUCACACAUUUGGAUUACAUUCAGGAAACUAUGCGGAUUCAGCAAUUAGCCGAAGUAAUGAAUUUUAUGGCUGAGUUUAUGGCAUUCGAUUUAUCGAGUCAACAGCAAGCUCCAAAAUAUGUUUUAAUGGGAGAUUUCAAUGCAAUGCAUCGUUCAGAUUAUACAUCUAACUUCUGGAACUUUCUUCAAGAGAUGAGAGACAAGAGAAAAUGGGAGCCUGUGAGCAGUGAUCUAAUGAACUGUUUAUUUGCCACAAAAACACAUCAAAUUCCCAAACAUCACAAUAUUUUGUCCAAAUUAGCGCAACAAUUACAGAUCGUAGAUCCAUGGAAGCUAAAAAACAAGGAUCAACUUUUCGAUGGAACACCAAAUACAUCUUCCUCUCGAUUUCAUACUAGGAUUGACUAUAUUCUUUGCAGUCAAGUGACACAAAGAUCAGUCGUUGAGAGUUAUAUUGACUUGAGAGAGAACACUUUACUCAUUUCAGAUCACAAUCCUGUGGUCGUCAGACUUGCUAACAAUGCAGAAUUGGACAAUAUUUAA